GGAGAUUUGCUUGUUGUUACAGAUGUCUACAUCGGCGUCGGAACCGAAAGUCAUCGCACGGCAUGUCGCGAUCGAAAUCCCGCGACAGUCAUAUGAUUAUCUCGUGAUUCCCCUCAAAGAAAAGAUGGAAACCAUGACAACCGCAAGCUGCACUUGUAGAGUCGACGAGAAAUAUCUCGAGUCCAAUGGAAGACAUUUCCUCCCCCAGAAGAUCUCCAUCGGUCUUUUCCAUCAUGGACGGAACGAUUUGAAACACAUGGAAGAACAUAAAUGGCGGUAUCUGUAUUCGCUCCUGAAUCGGAGACCUCAUCUCGAGGCUACAUUGGACAAGUGUGUCAAGACCUUAAGAGAGCUAGAGCAUAAGGCGAGGCUGUGCUAUGAAUGUCAUGAAAAGAUCGAGGUUUCGACUGAUCGAUUCGACAAAAUUAUGUUAGCCGAUGCCGGUUUCUUGAUCGAACUCUUCCUGAAGUAUGUGGUAAAGGGUUUGAAACGCCGUGGCGAUUACGUGUUCAACACAUCAGGGUUGUUGUACGAUUUGAGGUGUGACAUGAUGUUGCUGGAAAAUCAGAUCCCUUACUUCAUCCUUCAACAAAUGUUCGAAAUCGUUCCGGUUCCAGACCAUUGCAAAUUGUCCUUGACCGAACUCGCAUUUCGGUUCUUUAGGGAUAUGAUCCCGGGAGAUCACAGGCUUCAUUUGACCAAAUUUGGACAAGAAGGGAACCAUUUACUCGAUUUAAUCCGACAUUGUUUCCUCCCGACGAUCCCGAGGAUCAAAGUGAAAGACGAAGAAGUUAGAGGUUUGCCUUACAAGGCAGAUAAGCUCAAAGCUGCUGGAGUUAAACUCAAGAAGGCAUCAACAGAAGAUUUACUAGACAUAAAAUUUGUCAAAGGAGUGCUCGAAAUUCCGCCUGUUGAAGUCCACCAAUAUACUGAAACCCUACUCCAGAACCUCAUCGCCUUCAAACAAUCCAAGUCCGGAACCACUAAACACAUUUCAUCUUAUGUUCUUUUCAUGAAAACACUUCUCGAAGACGAAAAGGGCGUGAAAUUGAUUAAAAGAAAGCAGAUUCUUACGAACUACGAUGUGUCCGAAAAUAAACAAGUUGGGACAUUGUUUCAUAGGCUUUGGGAAGAGAUGAAAGUGAUGGAGAAUGUAAAUGAUGAGUUCUACUAUGAUGGGCUUUGUGAACAAGUGAAGGAGUACAAAAGGAGCAGUUGGCAGCCUCGGUUGAAGAUGACAUCACCGAUCCGGCCCGGAUAUCUCCAAGAACCUCCGCCGUUGUCUCGUAUUAUGAUUGUCGUUGUGGUUUUGUUCGGCAUCCUUGUUCUUGUUGGUGCUCUGUUCUCUAUAAUCUCCUUUUUUCGACACAAGUUGAAAGGCGAAAAACGAACAUGAGUGUGGUUUGAUCCAUUGGUUUUGUUUGAAUCAAUA